UAGGCUUAGCCACUAUAAGUGACCAAAUGUAUCAAAAUCAAAAUUGCCAUUUCUUGAUCUGAAGCAAUUUUUUUAACCAUGUCAGCCGUCCGGCUGUUACUAUGCUGUCUCAUUUUCUCUUCUGGCAUUCAUUUAACAUACUCUGUCACAGACCCCAAAGAUGUUACAAUACUUCGAUCACUGAAAGACCAGUGGCUAAAUACACCACCUAGUUGGCAGAAAUCAGAUGAUCCUUGCGGAACAUCCUGGGAAGGUGUGACCUGCAACAACUCGAGGGUAACUGCAUUGGGAUUAUCGACAAUGGGACUGAAAGGAAAAUUAAGCGGUGACAUUGGGGGGCUUACUGAAUUAAUUUCCUUAGACUUGUCGUUCAAUCGAGGACUUACAGGUUCCCUCUCUCCGCGGAUAGGAGAUCUGCAGAAACUAAACAUAUUAAUCCUUGCUGGCUGUAGCUUCAGUGGCAGUUUACCGAAGGAGUUGGGAAAACUUGCUGAGUUAUCUUUCUUAGCACUUAACUCAAAUAAUUUCACCGGUGUGAUUCCACCAACUCUUGGCAAUCUGUCAAAACUCUACUGGCUUGAUCUAGCAGAUAACCAGUUAACAGGACCAAUUCCUGUUUCAACCUCCUCAAGUCCGGGUUUGGACCUUUUGAAAAAGGCAAAACACUUCCAUUUUAAUAAAAAUCAACUUUCAGGCUCUAUUCCGGACAUUCUUUUUAGUGGUGACAUGGUGCUAAUACAUGUACUGUUUGAUGGAAAUCAACUUAGCGGGAGCAUUCCGUUUACACUAGGAUAUGUUCAGACACUUGAGGUUCUUCGGCUCGAUAGAAAUGCCUUAAACGGCAGUGUCCCAUCAAACCUUAACAAUCUCACAAGUGUUGUAGAGUUGAAUUUAGCUCAAAAUGAACUGUCUGGUCCACUACCAGAUUUAAGUGGAAUGAAUUCCCUUAACUAUCUGGACUUGAGCAAUAAUUCCUUCCAUAGAUCGGAGGCGCCAGUAUGGUUCUCGACAUUACAGUCUCUAACCACUCUAGUCAUUGAGUAUGGCUCACUCCACGGAUCAGUGCAUCAGAAACUUUUCGCUUUACCUCAAUUACAACAAGUGAAGCUGAGGAACAACGCGUUUAAUGACACGUUGAACAUGGGUGGUAUCAGUGGCAGGCAACUCACACUUGUUGAUUUACAGAACAACGAGAUUUCCUCGAUAACGCUUGGCUCUGGAUACAAGAAUAUAUUGAUACUGAUCGGAAACCCCGUCUGUGACACGGCCCUUGGAAACACGAAUUACUGCCAGCUUCAGCAGCAAUCUGCAAAACCUUAUUCUACCAGCCUAGCUAACUGUGGGAGCAAAUCAUGUCCAGCAGAUCAAAAAGUUAGCCCGCAAAGUUGUGAUUGUGCUUAUCCGUACGAGGGAACAUUCUACUUUAGAGGACCCUCUUUUAGGGAGUUGUCCAAUGCUAAUACGUUCCAUUCACUCGAAAUGAGCCUGUGGGUGAAAUUAGACCUCACGCCCGGUUCAGUUUCUCUGCAGAACCCCUUCUUCAACAUUGAUGAUUAUCUUCAGGUGCAGUUAGAACUAUUUCCACCCGCAGGAAAGUUUUUCAAUAGGUCAGAGGUUGAGCGGAUUGGAUUUAAAUUGAGUAACCAAACGUAUAAGCCGCCUCCUCAGUUUGGACCUUACUAUUUUAUAGCAUCUCCUUACACUUUCCAAGCUGAACGUGGAGAAGCUUCUAUUAGCUCAAGACAAGUUAUUGGAAUAGCUAUUGGGUGUACCGUCCUGGUCCUCUUGCUUUUUGGUCUUGCGAUAUACGCUAUUCAGCAAAAGAAAAUUGCUGAAAGAGCUAUUGGAUUGAGUAGACCAUUUGCAUCGUGGGCUCCAAGUGGCAACGACAGUGAAAGUGCACCACAACUGAAGGGAGCGAGAUGGUUUUCUUAUGACGAACUCAAGAAAUGCACGAGUAACUUUUCAGAGAGAAAUGAGAUUGGUUCCGGUGGCUAUGGGAAGGUCUACAGAGGAAUGCUCAUGAAUGGGCAAGUAAUUGCUAUCAAAAGGGCUCAACAUGGAUCUAUGCAAGGUGGACUAGAGUUCAAGACCGAAAUUGAGUUGCUUUCAAGGGUUCAUCACAAAAACCUAGUUGGUCUGGUUGGAUUCUGUUUUGAGCAAGGCGAACAAGUACUGGUAUACGAGUAUAUGCCAAAUGGUUCUCUCAGGGAGAAUUUGUCAGGGAAAACAGGCAUUAAUCUAGAUUGGAAGAGGAGACUCCGUGUUGCGCUUGAUUCAGCUAGAGGAUUAGCUUAUCUGCAUGAGCUUGCAAAUCCUCCUAUAAUUCACAGAGAUGUGAAAUCGACUAAUAUUUUGUUGGAUCAGAAUUUAACAGCAAAGGUCGCGGAUUUUGGCUUGUCCAAACUCGUGUCAGAUAGCUCAAAGGGUCAUGUUUCCACUCAAGUUAAAGGCACAUUGGGUUAUCUAGAUCCUGAAUACUACAUGACUCAACAAUUAACUGAGAAAAGCGAUGUGUAUAGCUUUGGUGUUGUAAUGCUGGAACUCAUAACUGCAAAACAACCAAUAGAGAAGGGAAAAUACGUUGUUCGAGAGAUGAGAACAGCAAUUAAUAAGAACGAGGAGGAGCACUAUGGCUUGAGCAAUAUGAUUGAUCCAGUCAUUAGAAGCACGCCGAAUCUAAUUGGCUUUACAAGGUUUGUGGAUUUGGCAAUGCAAUGUGUUGAAGAGGCUGCUGCUGAUCGUCCAACGAUGAGUGAAGUGGUAAAAAUGCUUGAAAGUAUUCUUCAAAAUGAUGGUCUGGAGACUAAUUCUACGUCUGCAUCAUCAUCGAUAACGGAUUUUGGGACAGCAAUAGCUGCUUCUAGACAUCCUUAUAAUAAGGAUAGUCUACAGAGAAAAGAAAUGAAUGAUACUCAUGCUUUUGAUUACAGUGGUGGAUACACUCUUCCCACAAAUGUGGAACCAAAAUAGGGACAACCAAAAACAGAACUUGUCUCUGCUAGCUUCCAUUCUUUAAUUUAUUUUUCUCUAUAGUAAAGUUUUGGAAAAUUGGAGAAAGGGAUAAGAGAAUUUAGUUGUUGCAAUGUCCCUAUAUUGGCUAGUUUUCGUGAAACAAUCACGUAUAGUAUCAAGAUCGGAGUUCAGAUUUUCUACCACCAAUGCUUACAAUCUAGUAGUGUCAGUGAGAGUCUCUUGUACAAAUUAAGUGUGAGUUUGAUUUUUUACUGUCCUUCUCAUUCCCUGAUCCUCCAAUGUAAUACAAGAAAUUAAAAGGAAAAAAGAUCAUAUAUUCUAGCUUUGAGAAGUAAAA